UUUCUGGUGUGCAUCCCCAGUUUUUCUAUCUUUCCGGACCAUCAAGUGCUCGUGUGGCUUUCUUAAUAGUACCGAUAUGUCCUCAAUUGCCAGUGUUUUGUCUAGUGUGACGCCCAGCUUAUAGGCUGUGCGAAUCCGAUCUCUCCCCUUUCGACGGUUGGGUAAUCAACCAUAAAGUGAUAAGUUUAUUUCACUCCAUAACAUCACACCACAAGAAAUUGCAGGCUGAGCGGUGAACGUCUCGUGUGAAAGGAUUAUCCAUACUCCAGAUCUACCGUACGGAUUACAUAUGAUAUUUCAUAAAAUCAUUAAUACAUGUUAACCCAACUCGUACUGGCUUUGUCAAUGCUCUCUCACGGCAUGGCAGAUAUGGGACCUGGGGACAUUUGGGUGGAAUUUGUGGAACGAUGCCCCAACAAACGAGAGGCGGAUUUGGAGUGGUACAUACGUCUUCAAAAGUACAACAGGUCAUACGCCACUGUUUCUUUUAAUGCGACAUUGCCUUAUGAAUUCAGUGAUGAUUUGUCGAUUUCGAUUGCUGUUUUUUCAAAAUCUAAUGGUGCUUGGAAACCUAACUUUUACAACUUCAACUUUAAAGGGCUCUGCCAUAGCCUGAGGGAGUAUAAUUGGUAUAUAUUUAGCGAUAUAGCGAAAUCUAUGAAUGCAAAGCCACAGUGUCCUCUGCCGAAGGGGUUGUACAAACUGACCAAUUUGGAUUACAUGAGCAAAGUUUCGAAGUUGCCAAGUAGCGUGUUGCCAUACGGUAAAUUCAAAGCUGAAGGCAAUAUUUUCAACAAACACCACAAACUUGCCGUUUGUUUCGAUGUUUACUUUGCAAUAUCACCAAAAAAAAUAACCAGGAAGAACCGUCUGUAACUUUGCGCCAUGUGAGAUUUAAUGAACCAACUGUUCAAUAUAGAUAAUACUUAAAAAUUCUUGGUAAUCGUAUGAAAUUAA